AUUAGUUUUUUCCAAGGCAGUUUGAAAUAUUUUUUUGCACUUUUAAGCAACUUCAAUAUUGAAAAGUUUCCUGGCUGAAUUUUGGACGCAAUGUGAAAUUUUAAGAUAUUAUAACAUUACAUUAUAGCAUAACACUCUUCCCCAACGUUCCACCCUUACAAUUUGAAAUUGCUCAAAAAUCAUUUUUUUUGCUUCCUCUGAGUGUGCAUUUCAAUUAUCUUAUAAUUCUAACCAAUGUUUUUAAUGUACAUUUUCGAAGCGAUGUACACGAAAAUUUAUAGAAAUUUAUGUUUCCGUUAUGUGUGGAACUGAUCUAUGUGAAAUUGAUUAAUUAAUCAAUGGCGUACGUCACAGUUUGGCUACCCACGUAGGUAAUAUUUUGAUUACAAGCAAAGCAGAACUCAUUUUUACCUAUCUCACAAACUCCAGUUCCUCAACGAAUGAGUCAUACAAAGUGCAAAGAGUCACACACGAAAGACAAACAAAUGUAAAAUCUGUUUUGAUACGAACGUCUUUCUGCAACCUUGUCGGCACCAUCAAUUCUAGGAAGCACUCUACGAUUCGAGUAAUUCUGUUCAGCAUAAUCUCUCUAGCUACGAGAAUGGAAAGUUCAGGACGAAAGUUUUUUCACAUCACCAUCGGUGUGUUGCUAGCCCUUUCAAGUUUGCAUUUGGUUUUCUUACAGCAAUGCAACAACUAUUACUAUUCCGAGCAAUGUUCUAUACAUGGUUUGCAUUUAAAUUCUUCUGAUCUCGGUUCUUUGGAGUUUCCAGUCCAUGCAAAUAUUGAGCUUGUCAACGCAAUGAUAGAUUAUUUCUCACCGGAAGUAGUUCAACGCAUGAGAUGGGUUAGCAAGUUAACGAUUCGCCAGGGAAGAGUGUCCAACAUAUUUCUGAAGGACGAUCUCCAGGAAUUGAUCGUCACUUCCAGUUCUACGCACGAUGUGAUUAUUGGCGAGACUGAAACCGAAGAGCUGAAGCGAUUGAUGAUCACUCGAAACAAACUGGAAAGUAUUCCCAAAAAUGUAGAAAAGCUUAAAACCCUAACAGUUUUGGAUUUAAGCAACAACAAUAUUGAGGUUGUAGACCUGGAUGAACUUCAUGGAUUGAAAAAGCUUGCAACAGUUGACUUGUCAAGCAAUAGGAUUUAUUACCUAACCGCUGUUAAUUCCUUUGCGUUACCGCGCCUUGAAACAUUCAAAUUAGACAAUAAUUUCCUGACGGAAAUUGAUUUUGACGCAUGGACGACGCCACGUUUGACCACAUUGAGUAUAACGUCUAACAGUUUGAAAUACAUCAAAGAUUUCAAACAAGAGAACUUUCCAUCUCUUCAAACGUACCAAGAUCAGAACAACUUAUUCGACUGUCGUUGGCGAGCUGGUUUCACCUCAAUGCUCAAUACAUGGAAACAACUCGAGAAUUACAAUUUCCAAGCAAAGGAUUGUCACAAAAGUGUGCAACUUAGCGCAGCGGUUUAUCGCAUGCUCAACAUCAGCGUUAUCCGCAACAACACGAUCGACUUGGAUGACAAGGAGCAACUCCAGAGUCAGUUGACCACUAUGCUGGAUACCGAGCACAAGCAGUCACGGCACAUCGAAUCACUGACCAAGUUGGUGAAGGAACAAACCGAACAGCUUGAGGCAGUGUCCACCACACUUCAGGCCCAACAGACGACUAUCGAUGGGCUUCUGUCACAAAUCGAAGAGCUUCAGCAACUUGUGGUGGAAAUAAAACAAUCGGCACUCCCUACUGGACGGACCGUUCCCAAAGGAUUGCGCGCGAAGAUGACCCAAGAAAUGGAGGAAGUCAUUCGGAGGAAUUUGGUCGAAGUCGAGGAUUAGGUAAGGUGUGGACGAACUGUAGAUGUUGGUUUCCUAGAAAUAAAACCCGAAUGAGUAAAAGAGUUGA